GAUGCCUGUUUGAUGUUUGAUUUUCAUUAUUAAUUAUUAUUUUGAACGUUUUAUUAAACAAAUACAGUUACGAAGAUUAUAAAACUGUUUAAUAUGUCUCUAGUUCCAGAUUAUGGAAAUUCAACAGACUCCUCCAGCUCAACAGAUACAGAUUCUGAAACUGAAAAUAUCCCAUCAAAGGAAGAAACGAAACUCAAACUACCAGCACCUAAUUUCGAUAAACAUACCACGGCAGAAACGAACGAGGCCUACCAAAAUUCCGUAUUUUUGAAUCCUUUCAUUGAAGAAGAGAAUGCUAAAGAGGCCGUUUUACAAAAACACGUUAAAAUGGUGAACAUAAAAGAUACCGUAGUUAUAAACGGGAGGAAAAUUUGUUGGAAUUAUCGCAAAGGAAAAUGCAGAUUUGGACACAAUUGUAAAUACGCACACGAUUCUGAUAUACAGAAAACUGAGCAGCAAAUCCAGGAAGAGAAAAAGGCGGCUCUUAAUUGCCCCAAUGCAGUUAUAAGCAAGAACAGUCAAAGUGGUGUGAUGAGUUCUAAAUGUUUUGUGAACGAUGAUGAAUGUAGUGAUGAAGGCACGGGCGCUGUUAAACAGAAAAGAAAAAGGCCUGGAUUAACGCAAGGUUUAAUACCCGGUAAAAAAGUUAUGAAGCAAUACAAGAAUCAAAAAAAGUCCAAAUAACACUUUGUUCCUCCAUGAACAUGAAUUUCUAUAUAGAAACACUUAAGUUAGUUUUAUAGUAAAAAUACAUUUUCCAAUGGAGAAUUGUUUCAGUGGAUUUAAAGGCUAAGGUAUUGCAGAAUGUUUGCAGAGUAAUUUAAAAAACAGUUUUGCUCGGUUAAGUCUGUUGAUGUGAAACAAAGUGCCGGAAUGGAAUCUAUUAUUAUAAGUCGUGUACUUUCUCCGUUUUGCACAGAGUGCUUGAUUGCUAACAAUAUACUUAGAAAAUCUUGCUGCGAGUUUGUUCGAGCCACU